CCCCCCCCCCCCCACUCCAUGAACAGCCCCAUGGAGGAAUCUCAUGACAUGCCGGUGACGGCCUUCUUCCCACUAGCAGGGCUCCACAAGUACGUUGCCAUCUUCGUCAUCGUCCUCUCAUGGAUCUUGGUCCACAGGUGGAGCCUGAGGAACCAGAAGGGGCCAAAGUCAUGGCCAGUCAUCGGCGCGACGUUGGAGCAGCUGAGGAACUACUAUAGGAUGCACGACUGGCUCGUGGAGUACCUGUCCAAGUACAGGACGGUGACUGUUGACAUGCCGUUCACCUCAUACACCUACAUUGCAGACCCGGUGAACGUCGAGCAUGUCCUCAAGACCAACUUCAACAACUACCCCAAGGGGGAGGUGUACAGGUCCUACAUGGAUGUUCUGCUCGGCGACGGGAUAUUCAACGCCGACGGUGAGUUGUGGAGGAAGCAGAGGAAGACGGCGAGCUUCGAGUUUGCCUCCAAGAACUUGAGAGAUUUCAGUACCAUUGUGUUCAGGGAGUACUCCCUGAAGCUGUCGAGCAUACUGAGCCAAGCCUGCAAGACCGGCAAAGUUGUGGACAUGCAGGAACUGUUCAUGAGGAUGACGCUGGACUCAAUCUGCAAGGUCGGGUUCGGGGUGGAGAUCGGCACGCUGUCGCCGGACCUCCCGGAGAACAGCUUCGCGCAGGCCUUCGACGCGGCCAACAUCAUCGUGACGCUGCGGUUCAUCGACCCGCUGUGGCGCCUGAAGAAGCUCCUGCGCGUGGGUUCCGAGGCCUUGCUGGAGCAGAGCAUCAAGCUCGUGGACGAGUUCACCUACAGCGUCAUCCGCCGGCGCAAGGCCGAGAUCGUGCAGGCGCGAGCCAGCGGCAAGCAGGAGAAGAUCAAGCACGACAUCCUGUCGCGGUUCAUCGAGCUAGGCGAGGCCGGCGUCGACAACGACAACGGCGGCGGCAUCAGCUUGUUCGGCGACGACAAGGGCCUCCGCGACGUGGUGCUCAACUUCGUGAUCGCCGGGCGCGACACGACGGCGACGACACUCUCGUGGUUCACCUACAUGGCCAUGACCCACCCGCCCGUGGCCGAGAAGCUCCGCCGCGAGCUGGCCGCCUUCGAGUCCGACCGCGCCCGCGAAGAAGGCAUCUCGCUGAUCCCCUUCUUCUCCGACUCCGACGGGCCGGAAAACCAAUCCUCCUUCGCGGCCCGCGUGGCCCAGUUCGCGGCCCUCCUGACCUACGACGGGCUCGGGAAGCUGACGUACCUCCACGCGUGCGUGACGGAGACGCUCCGGCUGUACCCGGCGGUGCCGCAGGACCCCAAGGGCGUGGCGGAGGACGACGUGCUCCCGGACGGCACCAAGGUGAAGGCCGGCGGGAUGGUGACGUACGUGCCCUACUCCAUGGGCCGGAUGGAGUACAACUGGGGCCCCGACGCCGGCUGCUUCCGGCCCGAGCGGUGGAUCGGGGAAGACGGCGGGUUCCGCAACGCGUCGCCGUUCAAGUUCACGGCGUUCCAGGCCGGGCCAAGGAUCUGCCUCGGCAAGGACUCGGCGUACUUACAGAUGAAGAUGGCCCUGGCGAUCCUGUUCAGGUUCUACAGGUUUGAGAUCCUGGAGGGGCACCCUGUCAAGUACCGCAUGAUGACUAUCCUGUCCAUGGCGCAUGGGCUCAAGGUCCGCGUCUCCAGGGCGCCAGCGCUCGUGUGAAUGAUGGGGUGAUCUCGUCUGGUCGGGGAAGACGGUGCAUGAUGCUCCGGCGGGCGGCGCGACGUGGCUAGCUAGCUAGCUCGAUCUCGGUUUUAACUUAGCAAGGUAAUAAUCUGGUAUAUGUUGUAGACAGAGCUCGGGAGGGUGUUUGAUCCCGAUGUGUGUCCAUUGUUACCGUGUAGUAUGCUUCUAGAGUGCUUCAUGUUUGUGUGGAUUUGAUCUGUAUGUUGUUGCAUGGAACCUGAUACUCCAAAUGAGAUGAAAUCGAA